AUGGGAGACCUUGAACACGACAGCACCAUAUGGACUGGAUGCCGAAGCAAAAAAACCAUACAUCAAUUCAUAUUCAAAGCAUUACAUGGCACUUACCGCAUCAGCAAAUACUGGUUAAACAUCCCAAACUACAAACACUGUGCCAAAUGCGCAACAUGCCACACAGAAAUCAAAUCGCUAGAACAUAUCUUACUAGAAUGCCCCAAUAACGCCCAAAAAACCAUAUGGAAACUAGCACAAGACCUAUGGCCAACAAAAUUCGGCACCUGGCCAAGAAUCAAACUAGGAACGAUCCUAGGGUGUGGGAACUUACAUCUGAGAAAACACACACCCGACAAACAAAACCCCAAUGAAAGAGGAAACGACAACAAUGAUGCGAAAGAUAAGACCAAAGGCACAGCAAGACUUCUGAGAAUCCUGAUCUCAGAAUCUGCUUACCUAAUAUGGGUAAUCAGAUGUGACAGCACCAUUAACGAAAAAACCUACACAACGAACAAUAUAAUCAAAUGA